CUGUAUGCUCUUCAGUGUGUGUUGGUUCUAGUUCAUUUCAGUUCAUGAGCAACAUAUUUUGUUCGUCAUUUAAUUUUUGUUUUUUUAAUAUGGCUGAUACAAAGGGUUUUUCGAGCAUUGAGACACCCGGCUAUGUGGGCUUUGCCAAUUUGCCCAAUCAAGUGCAUCGCAAGUCCGUGAAAAAAGGCUUCGAAUUUACGCUGAUGGUUGUCGGCGAAUCGGGCUUGGGCAAAUCGACGUUGGUAAACAGUUUAUUUCUCACCGAUUUAUAUCCGGAGCGCAUUAUACCUGAUGCCAUAGAAAAACAAAAGCAAACUGUAAAGCUGGAGGCAUCGACCGUAGAAAUUGAGGAGCGGGGCGUUAAGCUUCGUCUAACGGUAGUCGACACACCUGGCUUUGGCGAUGCCAUCGAUAAUUCAAAUAGUUUUAACGCCAUAUUCGAGUACAUAGAUGAGCAAUACGAACGCUUUCUCCAGGACGAAAGCGGACUAAAUCGUCGCAAUAUUGUGGACAAUCGCAUACAUUGUUGCUUCUACUUCAUAUCGCCGUUCGGCCAUGGCCUAAAGCCUCUCGAUGUGGAAUUCAUGAAGAAACUGCACUCGAAGGUGAACAUUGUGCCUGUAAUUGCCAAAGCCGAUUGUUUAACAAAGAAGGAGAUAUUGCGUUUGAAAUGCCGCAUCAUGCAGGAGAUUGAGAGCCAUGGCAUUAAAAUAUAUCCACUGCCCGACUGUGAUUCAGAUGAGGAUGAAGACUACAAGGAGCAAGUGAAGCAAUUGAAGGAAGCUGUGCCUUUCGCCGUCUGCGGCGCUAAUACUCUGCUCGAGGUGAAGGGGAAAAAGGUGCGCGGUCGCCUCUAUCCAUGGGGUGUUGUUGAGGUUGAGAAUCCGGAACAUUGUGAUUUUAUCAAACUGCGCACCAUGCUCAUCACACACAUGCAGGACCUCCAAGAGGUUACCCAAGAGGUGCACUAUGAAAACUAUCGUUCCGAUCGCCUUGCCAAGGGCAUCAAAGGCAAAGAGAAUGGCAUCAAAUCAGAUCGAAUCGAUACGAAUGGCUCGACACAAGUGGGCGUAAAUAGUGUGCUAUCCGAGAAGGAUCGCAUACUGCAAGAGAAGGAGGCAGAGCUGCGUCGCAUGCAGGAGAUGCUUGCACAAAUGCAGGCGCGCAUGCAGGCACAAAAAUGAGCAGCUUAAACAGAAGAUGAGAUGAGAUGAGAGCGUAGCACGUAUUGUGCAAUCUACACAUACAC